CGACGCCCUCUCUCAGACUCCUCGGCGCCGCAGUCUGACAGUCGGGACGGAAGUCGGCGCUCCGCUUUUUCCUCCGCUUUGUAAAUACAACAACUCGUCCUCGUUUAUUAAAGGAUCACCGACAGACCGCCAGGAUGGAAGAAUAUCACCCGACUGACGAGAGCUCGUUCAACCCCGAUGAAACCACCAUCACCAUCAAGGAGUGCAUCGACAGCAUCAUGGGCCGGGUGGACUACAACCAGCAGCAGGUGAACAAGUGGACCUCGUCCAUCUGCGAGCUGUCACUCACCCAGCUGGCCAAACAGGGGAAGCCCUACAAGUACAUUGUGAACUGUGCGGUGAUGCAGAAGUGUGGUGCCGGACUCCACACGGCCAACUCGUGCUACUGGGACACGGCCAUGGACGGAAGCUGUACCGUCCGAUGGGAGAACCGGACCAUGUACUGCGUGGUCUGCGUGUUCGCUGUGGCCAUUUAGAACACACACACGCACACACACACAUGCAUUCCCACACUCCAACACACACGCACACACGCACACACACACACACACACACAGGGCACCACUCACAAUAACACACCACCGCCGCCGCCUGACAUGCAGUGCAAUGUGUUCUAUCCACCACUAGGGGGCGACAAAGCACCACCGUGGCUGAAAUUACAAUCGUCUUGUAGACCGUUAAACGCUUUGUAGUUUGUAGUGCAGUGUGGUGUGUGAAACGUAUAACAGGACACUGUUCGGAGAUAGUACAGAUUCAUGUAACCGAGGGGGUGGGGGAUGAGAUGGUGAACAGGCAAUUCCUGGAAAUAAACAUUGACUUUUUUUUCCAACAUGUUAUUCUUGGGU